AUGACGGAGGCUCUCGCGGGACAAGAUGAGGUUGUAUCGGCAUUUGCCAGCCAAGCCGUCGCUACGCAGAAGGUCCUCAUUGAUGCAGCCGUCAAAGCUGGAGACAAGAGAUUCCUCCCGUCGGAGUUCGGCGUGGACCUCAGGAAUCCAGGCCAGAGCUCUUCCGUAUACGCCGCCAAGGUCGAGAUAGAAGAGUACUUGGAUGCACUGGCUGUGAAAACCGAGAUCUCCUACACUCUUUUAUACAAUGGACUCGUAUACAAUGGACCUUUCCUUGAUUGGGUUCUGAGAAAUGAGAUGCUCCUGAACUUCAAGGAGCGCAAAGCUGAGAUCUAUAAUGGCGGCGACCAAUUCUUCAGUACGACUAGACUAUCUAAUGUUGGUAAAGCAGUGAGGGGGAUACUCACACACCCUCGCGAGACAGCUGAUCGAGCCAUCCGGGUGAGAGAUACCGAUAUUUCGCAAAAAAUGCUGCUGAAGCUGGCUCAACCAUUGAGCCCUGGUGAAGAAUGGCAAGUGACGAAUGAGCAGGCGAGGCUUAUCAAUGAUGGCCAUAAGCCACGACUCCUGCCACCAGUCGAGGGAUCCGAACCCGCUGGUGCAUUAGGAGCGGGCUUUUAUAUGCUGAACAAGCCCUCUGGCUGGAGAGCUACAGAAGAGAGUUGGUAUUGUGCUAUCAGAGCGAAGAAGAGUAAGAUAAAGAAGAUCAGCAAAGUCUGGAUCCCGAAAGCAUAUGAAAAGAGAACUGAGGAGGGUAUUCUGGAUCAGGAAUUAUGGGACCAGAGCGAAGACGUCAUUACAGAGUACAUCCAAGCAGAGGCAUCGAUAGAUGAUCCCGAGGCUGCGGAGAAAGCGCUGCGCUUCUCAUGGGUUAUGGGUGCCAGCGACUGGCAGCUGCAGAUGCUCAUUCCAACGAAUGUGCUAAAUAACUAUAACCUGGAUUUAUGGGCCAGGUGCUUUGACUCAGAAGAUGAACUGAAGAAACGUUGGAACUAUGUCGUUCCAUGGGACAGCAGCAGUAGAUGGGAUAUUGAGGGAAUUCGUGGAAAUCCGAACUGGUGGUUUGUUGCGGAGCACACUGAACGAGUGCCCGCUGCAUCACGCUGA